GAAUUGUGCCGCACUUGCGUUUUGUAACCGGAGGCGAAUUGAGAGGUACGUCGCUGUGUUGCUUGCCAGAAACGUUCUGCCGCGAUGCCUGAGCCAGCCAAGUCCGCUCCUGCUGCGAAGAAAGGCUCCAAGAAAGCCGUCACCAAGACCCAGAAGAAGGGCGACAAGAAGCGCCGCAAGAGCAGGAAGGAGAGCUACUCCAUCUACGUGUACAAAGUCCUCAAACAGGUUCACCCCGACACCGGCAUCUCCUCCAAGGCGAUGGGCAUCAUGAACUCCUUCGUGAAUGACAUCUUCGAGCGCAUCGCCGGGGAGGCUUCCCGUCUGGCGCAUUACAACAAGCGCUCCACCAUCACCUCCCGGGAGAUCCAGACGGCCGUGCGCCUCCUGCUGCCCGGAGAGCUGGCCAAGCACGCCGUCUCGGAGGGCACCAAGGCCGUCACCAAGUACACCAGCUCCAAGUAAGAGGACUGUCGCUUCGCAAGGAGAUCGAGAACCACAAAAGGCUCUUUUAAGAGCCACCCACCCUUUCCUGAAAAAAGCUGCAAGGACUGUAUUCUGCCUCAUCCAUUAAGUUACAGUGCUUACCUGGCGGAAGUUAUCAAAACAACUUUUCUUUUCGUUUUUAAGAAGCUUUUCAGAAUACAGCGUUUAACGUUUCAUGUGUUUUCAGGUUGGGGUCUCGUCCUCCCCACACUCCUAAGAUAGGCUUUUCUUCACCAUAAAGCAGUUUUUUUAUUUAAUUGAUAUAGUGUGGCUUUAAUUGCAAUAAAAAUAUUCUUGAUUUUA